AGCGAAGACAUUGCUGGAAGUGGCAGCAGAGGAGAAAACCUGCAUAGAUCACAUGGCCACAUCAAUGAGGAUGGAGGAGGACAGGAGUCACAUGACUGAGAGGAUACUAAACCUCACCCUGGAGAUCAUCUAUCUGCUGACUGGAGAGAGUUUUCCCUCUGUGAAGUCAGGUGAUCAUAUGACCAUCACAGUGCCUCCACGUGACUCCCUAAAACCGGAGAGACACAACAUGCAGAAUAUUCUAGAAGUCACCGAGAAGAUGAUGGAGCUGCUGACAGGAGAGGUUCCUAUAAGGUGUCAGGAUGUCACUGUCUAUUUC